CCGGACGGCUGAAAACAUAUCAUACUACGUCCCAGGAGUAAAUGUGAGGAAGGAGAAAAAGUGGUAAAAUAUGGAUUUGGAUAGCAAAAUUUCUGCCCUAAAAGAUUUUACUUCCUUUGGAUCUUCAUCGAAAAAUGACUCAUCUUCCUCACGGAUCAAUCAAAGUUCGAAUUCUUCUUCCUCGAAUGGAUGGGGAAAUUGGAUUGCUAAAGGAGAGAAGGACCCAUUUUUACCCUCUUUGGUUGGUUUUGACUGUAAAUUUUUUUUCUCCUUUUGGUUUUUGAACAUCUUUUAUAUCAGUCAGUAGUUCGAUGAUAUAAAUCAUAUCACCUUGAACUUAGCUUCAAUGGCAGAGCAAUCAAAGCUACAUAGAUACAAAAUGAUAAUCCUGCAAAAUAUGACACGUCAUUAUUAGCUCUAGGCCUUCCAAGGGUUUUGAACGACUAGCGACGUGACCCUGGAAACUUUAUCAUCAGCGAAAGAAUACAAAAUUACCGCGCUAACGCUCAGCGAUGCACGCGAUGAGCAUUAUAAAUCAAAAGGACAGGCCGGAACACUUCACCUGCAGCAAUGUCCAUGUGGACAUCUGGCUUUAAGACUAUUAAUGUAAGAUUUGUGAGAAAAUUCAUUUUAUUUUAUUUUUUAUUUUAUUUUUAUUGAGUUGGAAAUCUCGUUAGUUUCAGAGUACAAGAGACCCUUAUAAUUAUUGAAAGAAAAUCCCAUGACAGGAUUAUCUGUAUCUAUGGGCUUUAAGUGACUUACUUACUUUCACUAUUGUUUACAGUCUAAAACACAACGAAUCACAGGUUUCUUUCUGUUGCUGCUGUUAGGAAUCUUCUGCUUUGUAAUGGUAAGUUAUAAGGAUUAAGCUGAAAAUGGUUUAAAUUGACUUUUCUAUAUUUAAAAAAAACAUAUAAACAUCACAUACAUGCACUUUGCAUGCAGUGGCCUAAAUUUAAAAUAGCAUCUCUAUAGUUCUCAUCAAGAAAUACUUCGAAUAGCCAGUAAGUUUGUAUAAUCAUUUGCAAACCCUCUCUCUCCUAAGUUUGACUUGCUAAAUAUACCUUCCCCCUUCAGUGAUAAGGUAUGAUUUAAUUUUAAUUCAUUGGAAAUUGAACAAAGCUGGUUAAAAAUAAAGAGGUAUAUCAGAUCAAGAUUAUGUACACCUCUCCACAGGUUGUUCUCUAGUAAAUAACUGUAAUUUAUUUUUUCCACUUAUUGCUGUCAAGUUAAUAAUUGUAUUCAGCAAUACUCCUUACCCUCUACACCCUAACAUCAGUAUUCAUAUUUACCAAGCAUUUCUUUUCACAUUAACCGUCAUAGUAAUGACAAGGAGAAUUUGUGUGACAGUCAGGAGCUUCUUAAAUUGGUGAUCAUGCCCUUUAUGCUCAUGACCUUUACAUUUGAUUUGAGGAUGAUAUUGUAAGGAGAAAUAAAAAGCCAGUUGCUCUUAGGGGUUAAAGGGUUACAAGUAUCUUACUAGAAAAUUAAACAUGGAGCAGUCACCCUUCACUUUUUUCUGCAAAUUUUUGUUUCUGUGUCAUAACUUUUCUGGUUUCUUAACUCAUUAAAGGCUGGUCUUAUUGCACCUGUUAUGCUGUUAAAGGCAAGAAAAUUUGUCCUUCUCUACACAAUGGGAAGUUUGUUUACCAUAGGAAGGUAAUGUUUUAAAUGUAUCUCAAGCCCUUUGCUCCUUGUUAAUCAGUUAGGUACACCCUUAAAAUUGAUUUUUUUACUAUGAAAGGUUUAAUUAAGAGGUUCACUUGAGUCAGUGAUCAGGUUAACUGUGACUUACUUCUGAUUGCAAGGGAAUAUAUGAUAUUCACAUGGCCAGAAUUUUAUGUUCAAUUAUUGUCAUAGUAUUGCUCAGAAGUCCAUUAAAGCAAAAGAGUGAGAUAUAUCAGCAACUUGAGAAUAUAAAUUUAAAACCCCACAUUGCUAUUGGAAAUGUAAUUUUCUGUUUGUCACAUAUAUGGUAAUUUGAUGUUUAGAUAAAAACAAUUUCAAAAUGUAUUUUAUGGGAACCAAAUUCAAAGUCCUGCUGCUUAUUAACUCAGUGUGCAGAAAUGGUACUUCAACUGUAAAUUUAAAAUAAAUUAAAAUAAUUCUUUCUCCAGAAAACAUUUAGUGUCUUUAAACAAAAUUGAAUUCUAUGGCUUUGUGAUAUUUUGAAAUUAAGAAGCCCUAUGUAUAAGGUAAAGCUUAAACUUUGAUAAACUCAAUGAUGUUGACAAAAUUGUUGUCUUCAAAUGUGAAAAUAUAAAUUGUUAUUUAACUGAGCAAGAGGAAGGUAUCAUGUUCUUUAAACAGGUGAAAUUUUGGUAUUUCAUUUAAUAUUUAUGUAAUGAACAUGUUUUGUACAGAUAUGUAUAAUUGUCAAAAAGCAGCUAAAGAUUCAUGUGUGUCUGGUCUUAUGUUUGUAGUCAGUCAUGUGACUAUUAAAGGCCUCCUUAUCUUUUCUACUGACAUUUUAAUCAGUGUCAAAAUUCAUUUCAACCAAGAUUUCUUUAGUGAAGUUUACAUCACAUCCUUUUCUUUGGUUUCAGUUUUUCUUUACUCUGGGGUCCAGUCAAUCAUGUCAAACAUCUGUGUUCACUUGAAAGGCUUCCUUUUACUGCUGCUUACUUUGGAUCAAUGUUUGCAACACUUUACAUGGCCAUGAUUGUAAGUUGUGAUGCCUGUUCAAUAAAAGAAUUAUUUCCCUGUUGAAUAUAGAUAAAUCAAUUAUUAACAGAUUAUCUAAAAGUAUAAUUCUUAUGUGUCUUCGUUGAUCAUCUAACAUAGAUGAGAUUAGGUUACUCUCACAUUCAAGCAAAUUUGUAUUCAAAUACUGACAGACUGAUAUACCAAUUCUUUUGUCAGGUGAAGAGUACAUUGUUGACAGCAGUUUGUGCUUUGGUCCAAAUUCUUGCCCUAGUAUGGUAAGUUUGGUUCAGAUAUUAUUCUAAGCCACUGGAUUGUAAUGUUCCCUAAUGAAGCACAUUGUGCAGAAGGCUAAACAAAGUUAAAACAAAUGACGGUGUUUAUUCAGAAACUUAUGGGAAGUAAAGCUAAAUAAAAUGAUGUCAUGUUUAAAUGUAACUGACUUGUUUAUUCACAGUGUAGUAUUUAGUUAUCAUUAACCAGGCAAUUUUUGCUUCUCUGUUUUUUUCUAUAGGUACUUUGUCAGCUAUAUUCCUGGUGGGACAACAGGCAUGAAAUUUUUUACCAAGCUUUUCUCAUCUGCCGUAACAAAAACAGUUUCUAGCACCCUUCCUGUCUAGAAAUGGAUAUUUUUUAGUCAGCUUGACACCCUGCCCCAGUGGUAGUAAAUGGACUGCAGAUUAGGAAUUUAAUUUGUCCGAUGAUAUGUAAUUUCACCAACGGAGCAUGGUAGCUCUGUAUCCAUUUGCGGAAUGGUUUAAUUGGUCAGGGGGUUGCUGUGACAAAUUUGAUACGUGAGAUGUCGGUAUUAUGGAUGGAAAGAUGGCUGCUGACCGACAAGAAGGCAUGUUUACCUAGCCUAACUUUCAAGGUGAGGGCUGUUGGUCGCUAAGGACAAUAACUUCCCUGAGCGUGGAAAUCAAACGAAUACCCUCGUGAAAACUGCGUCAAGAUGACAAAGACUCAAGAAAAGUGUAAUUUGAACGAGGCCUGGGAUUGAAUUUCAGCAGAUGAUGUCUAUCACGCAUAAAGAUCAUUCACAAUACACGUGUCACGUCCGCCAUUUAGCUCAUCGCUAAGUUGCAAAGUAUUUAGCAAUACCGGUGACUUCGUACAAACUCAUUCAUAAAGUAAAAAAUGAUGACUUUAAUUAUAAAGAAAACGCCGAUUAUUAUCUUUUAUGAGCCAAAGGUUUUUAAAUCAGUUGAGGUACAGGGAGGGGCAAGGAAGAUUUAGGUUUUCCUAUCUAUAGGAGUACAUCGUUGGAUUGAAGAAGUAAUCCAACAUAAUUAAGAGGUAAGUUCCUAAAGAAAAUGUGGUGCUGCGUCGGUGGGAGGGUAUAGCAGGUAAUUUAGUGUUAACAACUGAGUUGAAAACGUAAAUUGGCCACCUAAAGGGUAAAAAAGCUGACGUUUCGAGCGUUAGCCCUUCGUCAGAGCGAUUGUGCGUAAAGUGAGGAAGAUUUGCUGAGGUGUUAGUUAAAGUGCUCCAGCUAUCUCUAUUGUGAAUUGAAGAAGUCUUUCAGCAGUGUAGUUUAAAAGUGUUGGUUAGGAAAGAGACUUCAUUUCUGUGAAAGGUCUUGGAAAGGCCUACCCAUGGGAUCAAACGUGAGG